AUGAAGUACUCCUGUGCGCUGCUCCUUUUGGCCAUCCUGGGAUGCUGCCUGGUGAGCCUGUCGAGAGCCGCAAGCACAACCGCUACGACGGAGGCCUCCACCGCCGCCACCACCGCCACCACCACCACCACCACAGCCGCGUCUACGACCACCACAACCACCGCAAAAACCACAACCACCACCACAGCUGCUUCCUCCAAGAAAAAGAAGAAGCACGUGACCCACUACAAGCGCAAGACCCGCCGCCCCAAGAAGGUCAGGAAGAUCCACCGCAGGAAGAGGCGCAGCGGUUAA